ACAUGAGGGAUGACGCAAAUGUUCAGUACUUUCUCGUUCCCACCUGUUAAGGGUUAUUUUUUACGCUUUGAUAAAACUCAUCAUUCAGUGUACUCUGUAAUUGUGCAAUGAAAAAUGUAACUGUGUUUUAAUUAUAAAGCUUGUAAUAACUCGAUGGUGAUGAGUCACAGUCAUUUUUGACCUGGAGGGAAAAACGGUGACACUCUCAAAAAAGGAAAAGAAGAAAAAAAAAAUUGAAAUUAGUCUAAAGAUAACGGACUGACUAGCCGCAAAGAAUCGACCAUCUGGCCGCAAAAUCAUUAAAAGACAGAGGGGUUAGUUUCAAAAGGUGAGAUUUAAGGGAAACUGAGCCUUAACCAUUAAUGAGAUGCGACGUUGCAGCUGUCAUGUGGAACACAGGAGCUAGUCAUAUAAAAGGCGCGGUCUGAGGCUCCGUCAGCAGAACCAACCUGGCCUUCCAGCGUAACAAACGGAACCUACAGAAUGGCACGCUUCGCUCUUUGCACUAUCUUUUUGGUGUCGGCCAUGAUGGCGGGCAGAGUGGCAGCAGACGCUGGGUAUCCGGCUCCUCCCCUCGAAUACGCCCCCGCUCCGCACAUACCCAUUCUGAAGGACGACAGAACACAGAACAGCUACGGAGAAUAUACUUUUGAUUUCCAAUCUGGCAAUGGCAUCGCGCGGCAGGAGGCUGGCAGCCAGAAUGACGGCCAAGUCUCCCAAGGUGGUUGGACCUACACGUCUCCCGAGGGACAACAAGUGGACAUCUCCUUCGUGGCUGAUCAUGGAGGAUACCAACCCCAGGGGGCGGUACUCCCAGUGGCACCACCACUUCCCUACACUCGCACGGGACACGGCCACUAAACACCGUGUAACGAUAGUCCUACUGCCAUGCUGCCAAUACCCAAACGACUCAGUCUCCACAUUCCCCUAUUUACCUCAUCCUGGCACCUUCGCCUAGCCUAGACGUCCUCAUCUCUUCCCCGCCACCGAGGCAAGCCAUAUAUUCUACACAGCGGCAGCGACUCAGUCAGCUGUUGUUACUUCAGCCUUCCGCAUAUGCGAGAUUGUCCCUUUAACCUCGUUUUGGGAGAGGGAUAAUUAUAUGCAUAUUUAGUAAGCAUUAUGAUAUUGGUUUGUUUAUUAUUUAGAUAAAUGUUCGUUACAGUUUGUUGUUGUAUGUGCCGGACACAUUAGUUUUUAUAUGAAUUUCAUGUAAAUAAACUUGUUUGCAGAUGAUGAAUUUUAUUUGGCUGAUCCAGUUUUAGAGGCAGUACUGCAUCAAAAGGAAGCAAAAUAUAUUCAAAGUCAUAGGAAUAUUUAAAUCCCAAUAUUCAAAGUCAUAGGAAUAUUUAUAUAAAUAUCCCGUUAACAUGAUAGACCAUUCCUACCUUAUAGGUACCAAGCUUCUAUCUAUUAGGUCUCAAUGUACUAGGAUUUCGACAACUGACAUUUUCCCCAACUCGAAAACUGUGAUUAUAUUACUUUCUCACCAUUUAAUUACAAUGGAAAUUUGUUUAUCGGUCCAAACACUGUUCUUCGGUUGUAUUUCAUUCCUGGAUUUUCCAAGAGACAGGAAUCUUAAUUCAUUUUUUUUUUUAUAUAAAUACAAACAUGUACUAGGUAAUAAAUGAUAUAGUAUCAUCAAGUACUGUGAUUCCUAAGUGAAUUAUCAUCAGAAAGGAAGUCAUACUUUUAAAUAAACUUUUUUUUUCUAGUGGAAUUGAACUACAAAUGUUUUCUUGAAAAUCGUGGUUUCCGCUGAACGUCCAUCAUCUUAUACUCCUUUCUUAACCCGUUUACAGAUACCAUGCAACAUUUUAUCAGAUUUAUUUAGCUAGAUCUACGCUUGCAUAAAUUUAUUUUCCUUACGUUGUACGUCGCACUUAUACACUUACAUGAUAUUACAUAAGACUUGUGCCAGAUUGUUUAAUAUUCAAGUUCGUGUGUAAUAAAAGAAAGCUUUGCUCAAGCUUGAUUAUAAAUUUCAUUUCGGUAUUUUUAUUUUCUUCACAGAUCUGCUAAUGCAUGCGAUUUUUUGUUAUUAGCUCCUAAUAUGUUUACUGAGUGAGCAGUCUGUUGACAUGGGGCAUUGGUAAAUAUAUACUAAAUUGUUUGGUAAAUUAGUCCAUUGUCAUCUAAUAAAAUAAGUUAUUAGUUCUAAACAAAUAAAUGUGCUAGGUAUCAAAGGUAAUAUAGCAUUACUAAUAUGAUAAAACCAACUUAAUUUCAACUCAAUUGCUCGUGUAUGUUGAGCAAAUCACAGAAGUCCCAAGGUUUGCAUGCUACACUUAGAAAUCCUUUGCAACAGUUUCUGAUGUAAGAAUUGAACCAUAUGGGGGGUUAAGAUAAACACCUUAUAUACACAUAAAAUUGUAUUUUAUACCAAUGAUAAUAAUGACAGCGGGGUGAGUUGGAGCUCACUCCCCCUUACUUUCACUCUUGUCAUUCUCGCACCACCACUCAUACAGCACUCUGGCCAGAGCAGCUACCCACAACUAACAAUACACAGGAAAAAAAGAGUGGAGGGAGUUAAUCCAAAAAAUAAAA